CUGCUUCUAUUCCCGUGUUUUUCUCUGCUAUCAGAAUAGCAUGGAAUUUUGCACUUGAUGAAUUGUAAAAUGCCGUGUAGUUCCCAGCAGUUUAGAAUUAUAUUUAAUUAUUACCUUCUCAGUAUAUAUUUACAAAAUUACCUGUUUAGCCAUUAGUUAGCUUUACUUUCAUACUUCCCUUCACUUUCAGAUCUUUUCAACGCCCUAUUUAAGUGACAGGUUGAUAACCUUUUAUCUACCAACUUUACAUACCCAUCAUGCUUUCUAUCUUUAUUCUUUAUCCGUUAAUCGACUUUCUUAAACAAUCUGCGUGGAAAUAACUGCAAAGUACUCUAUUAAGGCAAAGUAUGAUGCUCUUUCGUGCCAUGUGCAAAAACAUUUUAGCAUAAUCGUGACCAAUUGACUUAUCUUAGUUACGUAUUCGUUGUGUGAUUGCUAAAUGAUGAUCUACUCUUAUAAGAAAAAUCAUCGCGAGAAAACUAGCAGCCUUAGGCAACUGGAUGUGUAAACCACAAGCGUUUUGCCAUGAUUUGAUGGGACCUGAAACCGUUCUGCUGUUCUGUUCUGCAAAGAUUGCGGAGGUCAGACGGGAGUUGCUUCGUGGAAACAAGGAUCGUAGUAGUAGACAGUAGGUGGAUCCUGGGCUCCUCUGCAAAGUGGGGAUGACGGAGUGUGGAUGAUUAUGUUGGCAUGCAGACAAGACUAUGAAAAAGAGUUUGCUUUGCAUAGUCUUAACUAUACUUAUUCGUUACUAUAUAACAAAAAACAUCGAUUGCCGUCAAUCUCAAAGUGUUUAUAUUGUCAGAAAUUAGAAAAUAAAUAUACGGACGUUGAAAAAGAAAAGAUUUUGAAGGUUAUAAAUGAUUCGAGUGUAAGGGAAUUAUCUCGUUAUGACAUAUCCAAAGUAAGAUUAAAGAAAAUCAAUCACUGGAAAAUCACCAAUGGCAUUCUCAAAAAUAUAUCCGAUGUGGAAACUGUGGAAGGCUUUACGGAGAAAACUGCGAAGAAACUUUGUGACAGUAUUCUGACAGGCCCUCAGGAAGAAACAGAAAUUACAAGCAAAAUAAAAGGACAGUUCCUACACCCAAAUUUAAGUGAAAGUGUGAGACAGAAAUGUAAGUCUGUCCUAACAAUAUAUGUAGCGGUGAAUUCAGUAUGUUGGACGCUUAUAGACAGAAGUGGGUAUGAGGUCCUUGAUUGGAGGUACCACACCAUAGACUAUCCGGACGGGAAGAGGCUGCAAAUCACAGAUAUACUCAAUAUUUCAUGGAGCAUCCUCCAAGAGUUGCCACCAGCGGACAUCUUCGUGAUGCAGGCCGAAGCCACCACCCUGAGGGCGGCGGGCAGCGACCCGAACAACCCGAAAGUCAUCUCCGUGAACCUGCAGAAAGCACAGAUGGUAGCCAUGAUAGUAGCCCUGGUUAACGCUAGGAGUCAUGUUGCGCAAGAUUCGGAGUCAACUGAAAAUAAAGUUGAAAACAAAUUGAUACAAAAAGUUUACUUUUUAAGACCUACAUUACCAUACAGGUUAUACGGCACCCUGGUAGGCAACGAAAGGGUGUCUACAGAGCAAACCGUAGAAAUGCUUCUUCAGGAUAUCAAAGGGCGGAGCGCUAACAAUUCACACGUUUACAUGUCCGAAGCACUAAAGUUUAUGUUCAGGACACAAAAGGACCUACAAAAAGACAUGUUAGGACACUGCCUGUUACUAAGUCUGACUUUUAUGGACUUGUGUAUUUAUAAAAAUAAAGAUAAAAUUAAUAAAUUGUUGAAAAAGAGAAGCGAUUAGUUGUUGUUAAUAAAUGAAGUUUUGUUGA